AAGUUUGUUCAGAUUCAAGUCAGAUGUUGUCUUGAAAGCGUCUUUAGGGCUGCCUACAGAUGUGGAAAGCUUUAGUUAAACUUGAGGGUUUUUUCUCAUGAAAGCAGAGAAUAGUGAUGUAUUUUUGUCUUUACUUUGUCCUGGGACUGCUCUCUUCAACAGGUUGUUUCUCUGCGAAUCUUAACCCCCAGAAGGUCGUGGGCUUUGCAGGAGAGAAUGCCAUCCUGCCCUGCAGUUUGACAAACUCUGGCAGCGAUGAUUUGCCAACAGUGGAGUGGUCCAAGGAAGGCCUGAAGCCGAACGUGGUCUUCUUGUACCGCAAUGGCUGUGAGACGUUUGAGAUGAAGAACCUGGCCUUUGAGUUCAGGACGAGUCUCUUCAUGAGAGAGGUGAAAAACGGGAACGUCUCGCUGAGGAUCUCCAACGUGAAGCCGUCAGACGCCGGGAUCUAUCAGUGUCUGAUCAUCCAAAGGAACGGAAGCAGAGAGGCUACCGACGUGCAGCUGGUUGUUGCUUUAGUGUCUGACCCAAGGCUUUCAGUGGAUUCUGACCAGAACCAGAGAGUGACGGUGGCCUGUGAGGCGACCUGCUGGCUGCCGGCUCCGCUGAUGGAGAUUGUGGAUGAAAAAGGGAAGAACAUCACAGACACUGUGGAGAUACGAAGAGCAGAUCCCACUGAAUGUUACACAGUGAGGCAAACGGCCAUCGUGCAAAGUCAUACAACCAGGAUUGUCUGCAGAGUCAAACAGCCGCAGACGAACCAGAGCAGAACUGCAGAAAUCCUCCUUUCAGCUCAGUGGAUGAGGUCCAGGCCCUUCAAGCUCGCUGUCUUCUCUGUUGAAGUGAUAGCUGUAGUUUGCUUUCUUGGACUUUGUGUCUGUGGCGUCUGGUCGGCAUGUUCUAAAUAUGCUGAGCGGAAGCAGCAAACCCAAGGAAUUUCAUUGGAUCAUGAAUUAACAGGAGUCGCCUGCGAAGGCACUCUCCUUCUAAACCCACCAAGUGAGACUGAUGAGGUCGACAAUACAGCAAACAGGAUCAUCGAGAAUAUGAAGAAAGAGUUGGCUGAUCUCAAGUUAGAGAACAGCAAGAAAGACCAGGCUAUCCUUAAACUGUUGGUGAAAAGCCAAUCCAUGCCUGCUGCUCCCAAAAACAACCAGCCAGGAAAUUCCCCUGAGUUCUCACUGGAUUACCCACAAUUCUUCAGGUCUUCAGACCACAACUUGGAGAACAGAGAGGUUUUUGUAACAACACAAGACUUCUCAAAACUUCUAAUCUCCCAAAACCAAAGUGGGAAUCUCGGUCUUGGCCACACAAAACACAAAGUUGUCCGUAAUCACAGCUGUCCAGCUGUGUUGAUUUCAGCACCUGUGGUCCGAAGGGACGAGGAAACCGUUUCCCCUCCACAAAUGGUUCUCUGCACCGACGCGCGUCCGAAAGCUCGGCUGCUUCAACGCAAACACUCUUUAGGGUUUCUUCCGUCUUUUCGUUCCAGAAACAUUUACUUUCCUCUCCCUCGUUUAUCAGAGCAGUGAAGAGCUUUUCAGCAAAUAAGUCAAAUAUUUCUUAGUCAAAGUUUACCUCUAAAAUGUAGUUCUUAUGUUUUACAAGAGGAUCAACUAUGAAUUCAUAAGGACGACUUUGAUACAGUAAAUAGAAUAUAUAUUUUUGCUAUGUGGUAGUUUAUUGUAAGAUAAAUCACUAUGCAGUCAAGAAGGGGGAAUGCUGGAGUGGAUUUUCCUGCUGAAUUUCUAGAAUUAGAAUAAAAUAGAAACAGAAUAGAAUAGAAAUUCCUUCUUCCAGAGAGGCAUUUCUGGUGCAAUUGGAAAUUAAAGCUGGUACAUUCACACAAAAAUAAGAAUAUAAAAAUGCUUAAAAGUGGAAUAAAGAAUUCUUUCUUAAUGCAAUUUAGAUUUUUACAUUUUUAACAUUUUCCUCUGUAGCUUUUUCUUCUAAAAAAAAUCUCUGAUAGAUAUCAGAGUUCAUCGUAGUGAAGAUGAAACAGAUUUCUCUAAAGUUUGUUCCUGUUAAAAGAUGAAGAUUAGAAACGAACAAAGACGGUUUCUUAAUUUAAAUAUUCCCUCUUAUGCACAGAGGUGGUUUCUGUCCUGCUGCAAAGACUUUGAAUGUGUGCAAUAGUUUAUCUCUAAAUACAUUGCUGUUUCAUUGCUGGUUGGGUAAUUUAAUAUUUAAAGUCUAACACUAGUUGGCUGGAUGGAAAUGUGAGAAAUAAUUUUUUUCUCAGGUUUUUAAAAUGCUAUGGAAUGGAUCAACUUUUUUUGUUGUUGUUGCAUCCAGUUUCAUGUUUUUGUGCUCCUCUUUUUACAGUGCACACUUUUAUUUUUAUUUUAUUGUUUGAAUUAAAUAUUGUUCUUUGGCAACAUGUUCAGUUUCUACACUUUUGAACUCUGGGAUGGUUUCUGGCAUCUUCUAUCUUUUUCUCUUCUCCUGUUUAAUACUGUAGGUCUGCAUGUUCAUGUAAACUGCUGUACUUGAUAUAUUUAUUUUGUGUUAAGCAGGUAUGUGCAUUAUUUCCUUUUGUAUAUCUUUAAGUUUUAGAAUAAUUUUCACAAAUGUGUGUUCAUUUAUUCAGAAUAAAAUGUAAAUUGUAAUUAUCAAAACUGUUUUAUUGGGAUAUCAUGUGGUAGACAACAACUUUGUGCUUGAAUGUAAAAUAUAUUUAUUUUCCACCAGUGGAAAAGUGCAAUGUCUUCAUUAUGAGCAGAAUUAAUCAAGCAGAGGGAAAACACAGAUGAGAAAAAGAACUAAUAAUUAACCUUUGAAGAACUCGAUCAGCAAAUAGAAACUUAUGAAAUUAUUGAAACCUGCAGGAAUCUUAUGAUGAAUAAGAUAUUUAAUCAAAUAAAACUGAAACUGUG